AUGUCGGACAGCGUCAUGCUGCGAAUGACCUUCCCGCACUACUUUGUGGACGAGGAGGCCCGCCAGCUUGCCGAGGCGUCAGGGACGCAGCCACUCCAGCCGCUGAGGUCCGAGCGCUCUUGGGCCGGCUCGCGCGGAGCGUAUCUCACCCCGCGUGGGCCACCAGAGGCCAGCAUUGGGCCCGAGUCUGGCCGAGCGCGAGGAGCUGGCAGUGGAACCGCAGCAGGCGACAAUUCGCUUCACGCGCCAAAGGCCAAGGGUGCCAAGGUGCGCACGCGCUCGCGAAAGAGCAGGGCGGCGGCUCAGGCGCCGGCAGGAUCGACUGCAGUCGCCCAUCUGGAGACUGGCGCCGGCGAUGACGAUGAUGACGACUGGUGGGACGAGUCGCGGCGCGAUGACGACUUUGAGUAUACGUACUACACCGAGUACGGCGACGAGAGUGAGGCCGAGGAGCAGGCUGAAGAGUCUGAGCGCGGGGCAAAGGGGAAGCCGGUGGUGCCGGCGAUCGGCAUGGCCGGUCUAGCGCUGCCGAUGUCGUCGUCGCAAGCCUUUCUGACGCCUGCGGCGUCAAACGCCAACACGCCGCGGUCGGCCAACGGGACGUCGAGCUCGUGGCCGCACCCAGACGAGUCUGCACCUUGGGUCAUCAACGUCCGGCAAGAGGUGGAAGACGCUCUCUUGGCGCUCAAUGUGCAAAACGCGCACUGGACGCCUGGUUUCUCGUUUGCCGUGACCGGAGAGUCAAUCGAGACGUACUGUGUCACGUUUCCGGUUCUCGGCGGCAAGGUCGAGCCGCUGCUGCAGCGGCUGAUCCAGGUCGGCAUCGGUGUGACUUUUGGCGACCUCUCGCUCGUGCCGCUAGAGCUGACCAAGCCGAUCAACAUGGUGGAGGCGACAGAGCAGAUCGGGAUCCAGGGCGAGUUUGCCAAGCAGAUCAUGGCCGAGCUGGUCAUCCAGCAGGUUGUGGACGACACCAAGCGGGCAGCCGAGUUUUCGUUUGACUACGUCACCCUCUGCGUCGUUGCCUCGCUCCUGGCCGGAGUCGGCCUCGCCACCGACAACGUCGUGGUGGUUGUAGCGUCAAUGCUAGUCUCGCCGAUCAUGGGCCCGAUCAUGGAGCUCACGUUUGGCACCAUCAUUCGCGACUGGAAGCUCUCGUGGCAGGGACUAUGGAAGGAGCUUGUGGGCCUCGCCAUCUGCUUUGUGGUGGGCGGGCUUGUGGGCCUGGGUUUUGCAGCGUGGGGCGACGAUCUCGACUGGCCCAACUCGGAGAUGAGCUCGCGCGGAACCGGGGUCGGCCUCCUCAUCGGCAUUGCCAUUGCGGUGCCGUCCGGCGUCGGCGUGGCGCUCUCCACCAUUUCGCAGAACACCAAUUCGCUGGUCGGCGUUGCCAUUUCGGCCUCGCUCCUCCCGCCUGCGGUCAAUGCCGGACUCAACUUUUGUUACGCGGUAGUCGGGCAGACCUUUACCGGCUCGACGGUGGACGAGGUGCGGCACAUGCGGAUCGGGUCGCUCUCGUUUGCACUCACCCUCAUCAACAUUGUCUGCGUUUACUUUGCGGCCAUCUUAAUGUUCUGGAUCAAGGAGGUGUCCAAGAUUCCGGGCAAGACUGCGUUCUGGCGACACUACGUGCCAGCCUUUCGCAAGCACCGCGAGUCCGAUGCGGUCAUGGGCCUCGACGCCGACGCAGCAAAACGAUUCCAGUCCGAAUUCCAGACGCUCCUGGCAGCGUUGUCGAACCCGGACAUUGGCGACGAGACGAUUGUCAAGGUCGAUGGCCAGGACCGUACGGUGGGCGAGCUCCGCCACGAGUACGCAGACCUCAUCGAGUUCCUGCCUGUGGCGGCAGCGUCGGCCACAAUGCGGACCCAGCGCGGGCCUGUGUUCUCGCCGAUGCGGACGCUCAAGACCGGGACCAAUCCGUCGGGCCUCAUGGCGUACAACACGGUGAUGCGGUCGCGCAAUGCGUCGGUCCCAACGUGGGCCCAGUUUGAGUAGCGCCCCGAGCUCAGAGGCCGAGCGCCCCGAGCGCUGUCGUACCGUCACACUUGGGCAGAACCUUUGCGAUGCGCGAGCCAAACUGAAUGGCACGCUUGGGCGCGGCAGCGGCGGCGCCAAGCUCGAGCUGGGCCGCGAGGGCACGGAGCAGGUGCUUGUCGCCGACGCCGCGCUCGCGGCUCGGAUCGGUCCGCCACGCCAGCGGGAGGCUGGUGAGAAAGGCGACAACGUCCUCGUCAAGAAACGGGAGACGGAGCUCGCAGCCGUGGGCGGCCACAACUCUGUCGUCGCGGCCAAGGUUGCGGCGCCAUAGCCGGGCAAAGUCGAGUGCG